UGUCAGUUUCGCCCUAUCUCGCCCCAGAAGCUCCUCCUCGUGUUGACGAAAUCAAAAUUCGGAUGGCAUCUUCGGUGAUUCCUUAGUUGAUAUAUUCCCGGCAGUGGGGUGGAAGCUUGUGCCACUUCUUUUUUGCUAAAAUAAUGUGCAGAAUUCGUUUGUUAAUCAUUUAAAUCCGGAAAAUAAGCGAGAGAUAAUGUUGAAAGUUGGAUGGAUCAUUUGGAUAUCGGUUCAAUGGUUCGUUCAGUCGCGUGUUAAUGCCGAAGUGCAUUGCACGGUUGAUGAUUACGGCAGCUUCAUAGCGGAUCCAAAAGCCUGCGAGAAGUUCUACUUCUGUGACCACACAGGGGCUGCAACAUCAGUAUAUUGUCCGCAGGGUAUGUGGUUCAAUACCAAGAAGGGCAUUUGUGACCUUCCAUCGAAUGUCAACUGUGUGAUUCAGGACGAUGACAACUCCCCUUUCGAUGAGGAACCUGUCGAUUGUCCCAGUCAUGAUACUACAUUCGUCACCUUUUUACCGAGCAAGGUAAACUGCCGGCAUUAUUACCUAUGCUACCAUGGACGAGCCUUCAAACAGGAGUGUAUCACUGAACUACAUUGGAAUCCGAAAAAGAAUCGAUGCGACUUCCCGAGCAAGGCUAAGUGUUCGAUACAACCGCCAAAACCACGGUGUCCUGCGCACGGUAAGGACCUAAUUCCGCAUCCCAGCGAAUGUGAUUACUUCUAUUAUUGCAUCAAUGGGUAUGUAUCGCUCCAGCAGUGUCCCUUUUAUCAUCAUUGGGACGUGGAAACACAGUCUUGUCAAUGGAAGAAUCGAGCCAAGUGUAUCAGUGAUCCAGAGGACGACAGAGCUAAAUACAAGAGCAGUUCCAAAAAAAUGAAGAAACGUCGUCAGCAAACUAAUUGAUCUACCUCCUGAAUUCAAUUCUUGCGUUUGUAAUUCAAUAUAGGGCUACAAAAAUAAGGAGAGUGUAAUUUUGAUCCUUGGUGCUUCUUUCAAUCGAUGUAAGGAUAUGUUUCAUGUAAAUCUAAGUUAAGAAUAAAUUAAGGUCUAGAAUGUAAGGGCAGGAAUUUCAUACUUAA